GUACAGAUGGGCAAAGCACCGGGUUUAAACCCGGUGCUUUGGUAAAAACCCAAUAAACACCCAUAAACUCCCAUAAUCACCCAAAAAAAAUAGGUUUUUACGUAUUUUUUUGAAAAUAUGUAAGUAAUACCAAUAAAUUAUUUUUAUAAAUUGUAUUGAUCAAUUCUACAAUAUUAAAUAAAACGUUAACUAAUAAUAUUUCAGGAAAUUUUAAAAAUCUAUAUAUAAUAAAAUGAAAGUAAUUAAUUUUCAGUGUUUUCAUGUUGCAGUUGAUCAACAUGUUGGCCUUUUGCUUCCCGUAGAUACUUUAAAAUUUCUUCAUAACACCUCGUUCGCACACAUGGCCGUAUAUAUUUAAAUUCUUGAGCCACUAACAGUCCGAAAUACUCAUUUCUUUUAUCCUCUUCUCCAUAAAUUAAGCAUUUAGAACAGUUUGUUUCUUCUUUCAGUAAAUUUUCUUUUACUUUAUCCUCGUUUUUUUCUUUGUUGCGACGACGCUGGGUAAAUCAUCUGGACACUGGGUCUCACUAUCGCCAAAUAUAUUUGGAGAUCGGCUUCGGCUACGGCUUGGCAGACAUUUUUUUCUUUCUACAAUUUUAAAUUAAAUUUAUUAGAAUAAAUGCUUCGAACACACGCGAUCUAAGUACCUUUUGUGUUUAUUAUACCUUACCUACCUAGGUAUAAAAAGAGUACUUACGUAGAUUUUCUUUUAUUAACUGUUUUAUACGAAGAUCUUGAUCUCUCAAAUUAGCAUCCAUUUUACUUCCAGUGAUUAUCAACUAAAUUAAUAAUCCACAAAGUAUUAAAUAACGUUUUUAUGAAAUAUUUAGCACAAAAACAAUACCCUUUAAAUAUCGAUCGUCAGUAACUGUGGCUGACUUACCUAUAUUCUAGCAAGCAGGACUGCCAGAUGUGAAGGGGAAAUCCCCAAUAAAUUGUUGCAUGUGACUGAUGAUGUGAGCAUGUUCGUUUCAUAAUAAAAAUGUUGCCAGGUAACCAAAAAGUCGUAUGUUUUUGUGCGAAUUACGAUCAUAAUCUUUACGAUCGUACAUUAAAAAAUAGACAAAUAAUAGUAUGAGUACGAUUUAAAUCGUAUAUCUGUCAACCCUGCUAGCAAGACAGCGACAAAAUCACGUUGCAUAACAAUGUAGCCCAAGCUUAUAUCUUAUGAAAUAUACGGAAGAGAUACGGACUUAGAAAAAACAGAAAUGUUGUUCUUUGUGGAAGUCAUUGAUGAAAUUCUAUGUAUUUUAGCCCGCAAACUUUCUUCAAACAAAAACAGCGCCAUCUAGUAUCGAGUUCUGUAAUUAUCUCUUUGUUUAUGGAUUUGAAGUAAGACCGCCACGCAUGCAAUACAUUAUGACUGGGGAUUCCCCUAUUCGUCGACGCUGAAUAUGAGGCGACGACAAUCACUGUCAAACGUGUUCACUAUUACUCUGACUCUGGUAACGUGACUUCCUGGUAACGUGUUAGGUAGGAAAAGCAGUAAAAAAGUGCAUAUUAAGGGAGCAGAUUUGAAAUAAUAUUUAUACUUAACAAGAAAUAAUUAAAGGUUCAAUGGGGAGACCUAAAGAUUUACGCAUAUGGGAGCACUACCGUACUUUACCAAACAAGUCUGUUUCUUGCAAGCUUUGUAAUAAGGUCUACAAAUUCAGUAAUGCUGCCAAAAUGCUUCAACAUCUUAUCACUUGUCCAAAAUCUCCAGAAACAUUAAAAGACUCUAUGAAACUUAUAAAAGAUAGCUCGUCCAAAACCAAAAUGUCUGGACUGUCAGAGAUAGAGACAAAUGAUUCUUUUAUAAGCCCCUCGUCGUCUGCUAACACUACAAUAAAUGCUGAGUUUCAAGACACCGAUGAUCAUAUAAAAACAGAAUUAGCGAGAGCUAUAUUUGUAACAGGGACGCCAUUAUCGAUGGUGCAACAUCCUUUAUGGAUACAAUUUUUCGAAAAAUUGCAACCAAAAUUUAAAAUACCUUCACGUAAAGCUUUAGCGACAAAAUACUUAGAUAAAAUAUAUAGAGAAAUGCGUUUUGAGUUAAAUGAGGAACUAAAUGCUUGUAGUUACUUACACCUUCAGUGCGAUGGCUGGUCUAAUUUAAGAAAUGAAGGAAUAAUAAACUUUCUUAUAUCAAAACCUCAACCUGCAUACGUUAAAAGUUUGAAUACAGAAAGUAAUCCUCACACUAGUGAAUACCUUAGCCAAGAAGUUGAAAAAGUAAUGAAAGUGUAUGGAGCAAAUAAGUUUCUUGUACUUAUUGGCGAUAACGCUAGAAAUAUACAAAAGGCAUUCGAAUUAACAAAACUCAAAUAUCCACAUGUUGUUCCUCUCGGUUGCUGUGCACAUAUCCUUAACUUGUUGUGCCAAGAUAUUGUAAAGAUACAAGAAGUAACUGUGUUUAUUAUGCAAGCCAUAAAUAUAAUAAAAACUGUUAAAAGGAGUCAACGAUUAAGUUCCUUGUUGAUAAAAUCAAGGCAGGGUGAAGAUUCUACACAAACACUAAAAUUGCCUUGUGCUACAAGAUGGGGAAGUCAUGUUACUUCGUUAAAAAGUUUGAAAGCAAAUAAGAUAGCUUUGCAAAUAUUAACAGUUAGAGAAGAUGUGGUAAUUUCAAGAGAUAUUAAAGAUUUAAUUCUAAGUGAUGAUUUCUGGACGAAGACAGGGGAAUGUAUAAGUAUUUUGGAACCAGUCACUGAAAGCAUAUUUUACUUAGAGAGCGACCAGAAUCGUUUGCAUCGCACAUACAUUACAUUUAGAGAUGUACAAGCUAAGAUACGUUUUGCAUUAAAUGAGAUUUCGACAUUGAGCGAAGAAAGCAAACAGCAGAUUCUAACAUCAGUAUCUUCAAGAUGCAAUAUGGCAAUGAGGCCAAUACAUUUUGCAGCAUAUAUUCUAGACCCCAGGACUCUAGGAGUCGAACUUACUCAAGAGGAAGAACUUAAGGGUAUGGAGUUUAUCUACAAUUUAAGCCAACACUUAAGUUUGUCAAAUGUAAUGGCAGAUUUGGCGUGUUAUAAAGCUAAAGAAAACUUUUGGGCCAGAGGAUUUGUAUGGAGCUCAUUAGAUAGCAUUGAGCCCCUAAUAUGGUGGAAAGGUAUUUGUGGUUCCACUGAGUUAAGCAAAGUAGCGAUUCGUAUUCUAUCAGCUCCCUGUACUUCGGCAGCCACUGAGCGUUCCUUUAGUAUCCAAGGCUACAUACAUAAUAACAAAAGAAAUCGACUUACAACUGAAAGAACUGAAAAAAUUUCAUUCAUUUGUUAUAACUGGAAUCUUAAACAUAAAGCUGAAUGCGAGGACAUUCAGUUUAAUGAAGAAAAUACCUUAGAAGCUUUCAUUGAGCAAGUAAAUGAACAUAACAGUUUAGACGAAAUAGAGCCUAUCGAACCUAUACAAUUCAUCGCUUGUAAUAACUCUGAAUCUGACAGUGAUUGACUGUAGUUUUACAUUUUACUUUCAUCUCUUUCUUAAUAAACUCAAAAUCAAAUUAAAAGUUUUUUAUUCUGUAGGCUGCAUAAUAAUAUUGUCUAUGUCCAGUAUAGUGGACGUCUUGCGGCUGAGAUGACGAUGAUGAAGUACAAAAUCAUAAACACCCAAAAAUUUGGGUGUUUAUGGGGUUUAAACCCAAUAAACCCAAAACACCCGGUUUUUACCCACCAGACUUUAAACCCACCCAGGUGGAUUGCCCAUCUC